AUGUUUCUGGCCGUAAUCGGCCAAUGGCCAUUUCAAUCGCGACUGGAAAGUAACAUGAUGUUCGCCAUUACAUCUUUGUCCACUUUUAGUUUUAUAUCCUUUCAGCUUUGGGGUUUAGCAGCUGGAAUAAAGGAUCUAAGCAUUAUUAUGGAAAACGCUUCGCAGAUACUGGUGAAUAGUAUGAUCGCUAUAAAGCUCAUUAAUUGCGUGUUUACUAAUGAUAAAAUGAAAGUACUUCUGGAGGACAUCAAAAAGACAUGGAAGAUAGAACAUACAGAUGCAGAAAAAAAAAUAUUACAACAUUACGCAGAGAAAAGCAGGAUUUUCACGAUAGGAUACGCCAUUGCUUUCUAUGCGACAUGGCUUUUCUACACAACAACAUCAAUCGUCGUUAGCGGAAUCUAUACGAUUUUACCGACAAACAAAACGUACACUGCCAAGUUCCUAUAUCGGAUAGACCAUGUUCUUGACAUAGACAAAUAUUUCGAACUGCUGAUGCUUCACGGAUUUAUUAGCGUAUUCUACUUAUCCUCUGUGCCGGUAGCCGUCGACGCAACGUUUACACUUUGCACGCAUCACGUCUGCGCGUUGUUCGAAUGCUUACGUUAUAACAUAGAGCGCAUACGAGGCUCGGAUUUUGUAUUACUCGAACCAAAUAUUAAGGAUGAUGAAGCAUAUCGUAACAUAAUUGACUGCAUCAAAUCGUAUCAACAUGCUUUAAAAUAUUCUGAUGUGCUCUCAUCUAACUAUGCAACAUCAUUUUUCUUUCUACUGGGCAAUGUAAUUAUAUCCUUGAGCUUUUGCGCGGCUCAGUUGAUGAUGGUAGACAAUCAACUGGAAGAAAUUGUCAGACUUCUCGCUGUUACUUUAGCGCAAUUAUUACACAUAUAUUUCCUAAGUUUGAUUUCUCAAAGAUUAAUCGAUCACAGCAGCAGACUUCAAAACGUAAUUUACAGCUGCGAUUGGUAUAAGAUUUCAAGGAGAUCGAAACAACUUUUGAGAUUUACUUUACUGCGUACUACUAAGCCGUGUCAAUUAAUAGCUGGUAAUAUGUUCGUAAUGUCGAUGGAGAAUUUUAGCUCGAUCUUAAGAAUAUCCUUAUCGUACUUCACGAUGCUUACGUCACUACAAUAA